AGCAUGUAAUUCUACUGCGGAUCUCCUGGAUAUAUAGGUAACAGAAUAAUUGUGUUUACAGAUAUUGAGAAAUCAUGUAAUGGUGCGGGUGGGAGGUGGCUGGGACACACUUGAGCACUACCUGGACAAGCAUGAUCCAUGCAGGUGUCGCCAAGGUCACCGAGUUGCAGUUGGAUCUCGUGUGGGGUUCAAGACGUCUACCAGUGGUCAAGAACGGCAAUUGAUGAAUGUUACAUACGAAAGGUGUGAGGAAGGUCAAAUACCUACUUCCCCAUCCCCUCGUCGCAGGUCAAGUGCAGGCCGAGGAAUGAGGCGAGACUCGCUGGAAGGUGGCCAUUCUAUGCGUCAGCGAUCACAGUCCCCUGCCAGUCGGGACCCUUCUGGCUUCCUUCGUUUAGGGUCUGGAAGAUUCACCUCUGGGAAAUGGGGACCAACAUCAGGGUUUAGAGACGAGCAGAUGGCGUGGCGUGAUGACUCUUCUGAAGUUAGCGAUGAAGGCUACAAAAGUCAAGGCAAUACUGUUUCACGCUCAUUACCUAGAACACGCAAACCAACACCCAAGAAAAAUCUUGAAGUGGAAACAAGUGAUAUGAUAGAACGUCCAGAAUCUUCUAUGACACAAAUGUCAUCUGAAGGAUCAUCAAUGUCAACAGAGGAAUCGGUUAACACUCCCCCACGAUCUCCAACAAAUACCAUAGUCAAUCCUCCUAAUUACCCACUUUCAGAUGCUACCAAUACUUGGUCACCACCUUCACAAAUUAAAAAGAAUUCCAGCAGUAUACCAAAGUCAAAAAUACCUUUUGUUGAUUCUCUAAAAGGUCCGUUCAUGGGUAGCAAGAAAUCAAAGAAAACUUCCCUUCCUGAAGAAAAAUCUCCAUCAAAGCCAGCUUGGAAUUCAGGACCUGGAUUACGUCGGAGCAGUGAGGAUCGUGGGAGCCGUAUUAUAAGUCGCAGCCGAAGUGCUACCAGUGAGGGUGGUCUAAUGAUGUUGGGUAGAGAAUCUCCUACACGUCAGCCCCUAAGACCAUCAACAAGGCGUCCAUCAGUGUCUGGUGGACCGCAAGGAAAAAAUACUUGGAAUGGCAGAGCAUCAAGGGAACGUCCAAGUCUCACAGCCGAUACCUACAAACCACCAACCCAUCGCACUGUGCGUUCAGCAUCAGCAUCCCCAGCUACUACACGUCGGCAUUUUGGACAUUCGGCCCCAGCCACACCCUUAAAUCGGUCGCCAAAACGUUCAGCCCCCGGAUCCACCCUUACAUCACCAACUACCAGUGGACCAGUGCUUAAACAGCUUGCUGAUCUUGAACCUGAUGAAAAUACUCUCCUGUGCAUCAAGGAUAUAUACGACUCACUCAGAGCAAAAGUGUCUGAAAGUUUAGCAGCAGAGGGCAAGUCCUUACCACCAGAACUAGCUCAGGAGUAUACAACUUCCUGGGUGAAUGCACAUGUGUCUAGCAGUGGAAGUCAGAGUUUAGAUCCAAAAAUAAAUGUAAACAUUGGUACUACCAGCCCUAAUAGUUCUCUAAAAGUUGCCCCAAGAAAGUCUGGUGUGGGGUCGCGCAUUCCUGCACCAACAUUCUUCAUGUCCCGCCAGACAGAAAUAUAGCAGUGAAAUAAAACAAGGAAUUAAGGCUGUGUAGGUGGUACAGUGAGCUUGAAAUAGUGCCUGCAGAUAUUUAGUUGAAAUUUUUUUUUUUUAAUGUGAGCCAAAGAAUUCACAUUAGGUCCAUGAAUAGUGAUAACACCCAAACUACAAAACCUUGUGCAAGUGUUAGGGAAGACUGACCUCAGUGUUAUCUAGCAGGUACUAUAUUCACACUAAUGCCACCAGCAAGUUGACUUGGAAGUUUCUCUACCCAAAUGUGCCUCUGUAAUCACACUAACAUGAAUGGUGCUCCUUACCUAACAUGUGAUAUGUUGCAAUUUAUAUUAUUUCUGACAUUAUGAAAGAAUAACAUUCCGAUAUUAUUGUGUGUUUGAUAUCGGUCGUGUCAUAACGCAAAUACUAGUCGAAUGUAGAAUAGAAAAAUUAUAAAAUUAUCAAAAAAUGUUUAAAAAACUGUAUAGUUUUUAAUUAAAUUUGAUAUUACUGUUGACACAAUUUAGUACAAUGGUAUAUAGCUUUACAGCCUUGUUUUAUCCAGACUUAUGCUUCAGUUUAGCUUUUGAAUGCAUAUUUGUUUAAAUUCUCGAACACUUAUUAUAGGUAUGUUGAUAUCUCCGUGUAAAAAAAAAAAAUAGACCUACACCACUUUGUGAUCUAUGAAGAGGUUGCAAUAUUUUAGAAAAGAAAAACAUUAUUUUUCAGUGGAAGUAUUUAUAAUAUAAUGUACUAAAUAUUAUAACUUUUGCCGCCUGAAAGGGUGGUUUACAAGACUUUAGUUAAGAAACUGUACCAGUAGGUUACAAGAAAGUGAUUACUUGAGUCCAUAGCAUGCUAGAGUAAUGUUCUUGAAGCAUUUCUAGGUCAUGUCAGCAAGAAGUUAUGAAUGUUUGUGAAUGAAAUAAUGGGCAUUUGUAAUAACUUCUGUAAAUAAUGAUUUUUGUUCUUUAACUAUAAUUAAAUAACAAGUGCCCAGCAUUAUGCUUUAAAAUUGGUGGGGGAAGUUAGUAUUUGCUUUCCUAGUGAACAUGUAUGUUGUCUUUUGAAGAGAAAUGUCUCAAUUUAUUCCCUUAAUGUUGAAAUUGUAUUCUCAUUGAUUAUUGUUGAGUAUGACGAGACUUCAACAGAGCUGUUAAAAAAAUAAUUUAAAAUUAUUAAUAGAUCUUGGUUUUAUUUAUAUGCACUGCAAGUAUUUGCAAGCUUCAAAGAAUUUAUAAGAGCUAAAACUUUUACAAUUUUAUGCUCUUUCUGGCAUUGUUGCUGUUAUGAGUAUUUUAAUUAUUAUAUUGGUAAAAUUUUACAUAAGUCUAAGGGUUUGUUACUUGCAUUAAUCCUCAUUGGUACUAAACUAGCAAUAAUUAUAUAAAAAAGUAACUAUAACUAUCUUAAUUAAAUGACAUGUAAAGCAUUCCUGUUUGAGUGCCAACAGUGUAAGAGUAAGAAUUUGAAAAGCAAUUACCAUUAAUUAUUGUUCAAUGCAGGGUGCUGGUCCACACUGGCUAUGCUUGAAGCCUAGGCCUGUUUUGACUUGAUAGCUGCCUACAUAAAUCUAUAUAUAAUACAAAAAAAAAAUACAAAAAAAGUGCUUAACAUUAUUGUUGACACUGCUGUUAAUGCUUCCAUCUAGCACUUGAACACACGGUAAUGUUGCCAACACUGGUAUGCUAAACUACUGUAUUUUGUAGAAAUAUGUUUUUUGGUUUUGUUUCCUGCACUCUAAUAAUGAAUGAUAUAAUGGCUUAUGUUAUAAGUUUAAAAUUCAUAUACUGUAUACUAAUCCCAAUUUUGGUUGCAUAUUUUUCAUAGGGAAAAUUUUUAGGGAACAAAGCAACAGAAAAACCUGUAACAAGAAUAAAAAUAUAUGGUGGCUCACAGCUCUGUGAUGGGCAUAUGUAAAUACGACUACGAAUAAAAACCAAGCUUCGUUUUAUCCCGUAUGAAGCUUCAAUGUAAAGAAAUUCCUAUCAUUUCUAAUUUACAAUAAUUGGUGAUAUCCCUUAAUGUUAUGUAUGCUAGCGACCCUGUUUCCUAAUUCCCAACUCCCAUAUAACUCUUCUGUUCUUGACACCAACCAUCUGUGUACUCUGGUAGUCAGUUGAACAUAGUACUGUACUCCACUCAACUGACGUCUCGGAGAUUGUUAUUAUAAUUACAUUUUUAAAUAAAGACAAAAGAAAUUAAA